AUGUGUUUCGGAUUGGAAUUAGUACUGUCGCAGAAAUUGUCUGAGAAGUAUGUGCUGCAAUAUGGUGCAUGCGACGGCAAACAUAUUAGAAUUAUAGCACCUGCCAAUAGUGGAUCAAUGUGCUAUAAUUACAAAGGAUUUUUCUCUCUAGUUUUAAUGGCAAUUUGUGACAGUGACUAUAAAUUUGUGCUAAUAGACGUUGGAGCGUAUGGGAGAUUUGGAGACUCGGCAAUAUUUCAAAAUUCUAAUUUUUAUAAAAGAAUUCAGGAGAAACGUCUGAACAUUCUCGAUCCAUCACCGAUUUCGCCAGAUAGUACCACUUGUUUGCCGUUCGUUUUUGUUGGCGAUGAAGCGUUCGCUUUAAGUACAACUAUGAUGCGCCCAUAUGCAAGAAACGAUUUAAAUGUUACAAAAAAAAUCUAUAAUUAUAGGCAUUGCAGAGCUAGGCGUUAUGUAGAAUGCACAUUUGGCAUAUUUGCUAAUAAAUGGCGCAUAUUUCAUAGACCUAUCAAUGUAAAUAUUGAUUUAGUUAAUGAUAUAAUCAAAUCUGCUUGUCUUUUGCAUAAUUUUGUGAGAGAUAGAGAUAGUUAUUCUUUUGAAGACACUUUAAACAACCCAUUAACCGAAACCAUUGCAUCAGAUAGUGUUCGAAGAAAUAACAGAACUGCGUUGAGAUACCGUGAAUUAUUCGCAGAAUGCUUUAUGACCUAG